AUGGACACACUCACUAAGUGGUUACCUCUAUCUACAAUACUGCUAUAUGGCGUAUCUGCAAGGCCAUUAGAUUGUGCUGCUCUGUUCAAAGAUUCUCAGACUCUUAUCAAAGGACUCAAACCAUAUGCAUCCGAAGUCCACCCCGCAAAAGUAACAUUCGUCCCAGUGGGAAACAUAGCAUACCCUGAACCAGUGCCCGACCUCCCAGAGUUCUGUCGAUUCGGUGCGGAAUAUAAUACGUCCACCACGUCCAAAUUUCGUUUUGAAGUGUGGCUACCCAACUCGGAGCUCUGGAAUGGUCGUUUCGCAUUUGUUGGUAAUGGUGGGGAUGCUGGCGGUGUCAAUUAUGCCGACAUGGCAAUUCCUCUAACAAAAUACGGAUUUGCAGUAGCGAGCACGAAUACUGGGCACAAUGGGACUGGAGGCGACGGGACGUUUGCCAUUUCUAAUCCCGAAUCACAGAUUGAUUUCGGCCAUCGCGCUGUGCAUCUCAGUACCGUCUUUGCGAAGACGGUUGCAAAAUCGUACUACGGAAAGAGUUCUAAGUAUAACUACUGGAUUGGAUGCUCUAGCGGAGGAAAGCAAGGUGUAAAAUCGGCCCAGAUGUAUCCUGAAGAUUUUGAUGGAGUUGUUGCGGGUGCACCUGCUCAAUGGUGGCCACACCUCAAUGGCUUCACUGUGCAUGCCAAUCUGUUGAAUGCCAAUGCUACCACGCCAGGGGCAGUGAUACCUCCAUCAUUCUUUGCGACACUCAACAAAGAAAUAGUUGAUCAAUGCGACAAACUUGAUGGGGUUGCUGACGGGAUUAUAACUAAUCCUAGGUCGUGCAAGCCUGAUCUUAGUCGCAUUGCAUGUGGAUCAGCCAAUCCCUCCCCAUAUUUAAACGAGACCAAUUGUCUAUCUCAGUCUCAGCUCGUAACACUCAAAGCGAUUUACACUAACUGGACAUCAAGCGACGGACAGUUCUUGUUUCCAACGUUUGAGCCCGGAAGUGAGUUUGGAUGGCCUGGCACAGUUAACGGUAUUCCAUUCGGACCUGCUCCCGACUUUUUCUCUUAUCAAGUGCUGAACAAGACUUCUGUUCAGACCUUGCAAAUCAACGAAACCGAACUUCAAAGACUCACAAAGAUAGGAGACGUAACCGAUCCCGGCCAAACCAAUGCCAUCAAUCCUAACUUAGGGCCCUUCUUCAAGCGUGGCGGAAAAUUGAUGCAGUACCAUGGAUUCGCCGAUCCCCUCAUCCCGUCCGGGAGCUCACUCUGGUACUAUGAACAUGUACGAAGCUUCUUCAGGAACGAAGAUUUAAGCGACAGAUAUCGUUUGUUCAUGCUUCCAGGACUCGGCCAUUGCUUUGGAGGCCCAGGCGCAACUUCCUUUGGCGGAACGGGCCAGCGAAGCACAUCUCAAGGUGGCUCCGGCCAAUCCCUAAUGUUCACUCCCCAGUACGAUAUGAUCCUGGCUACGAUGAACUGGGUAGAGAAGGGUGUAGCUCCGAAAUCGCUUAUUGGGGUAAAAUACAACAAUGACAAUAGUGCACAAGGCGCUGCAUUUACCCGUCUUUUCUGUCCCUAUCCUCAGGCAAGGAGGCAAUCUACCAUGGUGGUGACACGAACGUACGUAGCCAGUAGUUACUCUUGCGGUAUACCCACCAAAGGCACCCCGAAGCUCUAA